UUUGAAAACGUUAUGUUGACUACAGUGAAUUGUUAGUGAAGAACGAUGAUGAUUUGAGAGGAAUGCUCGCUGCCAAUCGUUGAUACGCGAAACAAGCGAGACGGAAUUGGAAGUUUGAGUGGUAGAGAGUGAAAUAGUGCCACUGCUGAUUCUGAUCGUCUAAUAGGAUUCUUGUGAUGCAUCGGCCGUUGCCUGGAUCGGUGAAGGAUGUCCUUGGAUCGCCAUGAAACACAACAUUCUGAAGAUCCUGCCUAUCCUCUUUUGCACGUUGCAUUUACACACCGGACAAUUGAUCCGUGAUGCGAGAUGUUUUCUGGAAAACGGUGCCACCGCCGCACAUCUUUUCGUCAGCGAAGAUUUGCCGGUCGGUGACACCGUGGGUGUACUCGGAGUACUGGGUGAUCCUGGACCACAGGGUGACAUCGAACUCAGACUCCAGGAGCACGAUAGUCCAGUAACUUUCUCAGCGUAUUCGAAGAAUCUAACUCUUAUCAGGCCACUAGAUAAAGAAGGCAUUGAUGGUCCUGCCAGCGUUUACGUGAACGUAAUUUGCGAACGGAAACAUACAUUAGAUCCUGGUUUCGUGAUACCAGUCAAUAUUCGCGUAACUGAUGCCAAUGAUAAUGCACCUCAAUUUGUAAAUGCGCCUUACGUUCUAAAUAUCUCUGAGGUCACGGUAGUUGGCACGAGGGUUCUUCAAGGUGUGAGAGCCGUGGAUGCUGACCAACCAGGGCCAUUUUCUACUGUACAAUAUGCCGUUUUGCCUGGACCGCAUUCGGAUUACUUCGUGUUCGUGAAUGCUUUGGAAGGCACCCUAGUUCUAAGGAAACCGCUAGAUUAUGAAACUCUUGCCAAUUUUUCCGUCGAUAUCCGUGCACAGGACCAGGGUAAUCCGCCCAAAUCAUCAACUACAACCCUCUAUGUUAAUGUUAUCGACGCGGAUGACCAAAAUCCUGCCUUCCAAAAUGACCAAUACAAAAUUCUCAUCCCUCGGAAUAUUAAAACGAGAAGGAUACUGAAAGUUGAUCCAGCGCCAAUAAAAGCGGUAGAUCAGGAUGUAGGAAUUAAUGCUCCGGUUCAGUAUACGAUUCAAGGAGGAAUUCUACCGUUCCUCACACUGAAUCCGGAAACAGCUGAAGUCGCCAUAACACGACCAUUAUACGAGCAUGAACUUUUAUCACCAGCAACUAUCGUGGCGAAGGCUACGCAGAUAGAUAAUCCAGAUAAAUAUGCUCUUUCCACUAUAGUCGUUUCUCGAGAGUCGGAUUGGAACGUGGAACCCACUGCUGGUGGCAGAUUACCAGUGAGAUUCAUACGAAAAGAUCAUCAAACUAGUAUUCCAGAAAAUACCCCUCCAGGAAGCGUUUUAUUAACGACAGGAGUGAAUAAAGUAGAUUCAAAUUUAAGAUUCUGGCUUGUGGGAGCGAUUGAAGAUCUGGAAAGAUUCUCCAUCACUAAUUCCGGUGAAUUGAUUUUAAAAGGCACUCUCGAUUACGAGAGGAGGGUCCAGCAUAGUUUUUUGGUUCGUGUCACUGACGGCCAUCAUAACGACACCUCACGCGUCAAUGUUUCUGUUGAGGAUGUAAAUGAAUGGGAACCCAGGUUUCGUCAUCCCAGGUACGAAUUUCACGCCGCAACUUUGAGAGAAGGAUCCAUAGUCGGAAAAUUGGAAGCUGCUGAUGGUGACAGAGACGACAAAGUUAGUCUAUCUCUUAGAGGUCCAGAUGCAAGGUCCUUCGAGAUACGUGAUAAUGGAGAAUUAAUUCUCAGAUCAGCAACAACCAUUAAUGGUACUUUGGCCAGGUUAGUGGCUGUGGCCUCUGAUUCUGGUCGUCCCCCCAGGUCUAGUAUGAUCCCAGUGAUCGUGCAUAUACCAAAUAGUGGCUCGUUGCCAAUUGCUGCGAGAGCUGCACCUGCUUGGUUGGGCAGCAGUGUUCUCCUGGUUGCUGUUUUUGGCGCUGUUUUGGGUCUACUUGGUGUUAUAAUACUUGUUUUAAUUUUGUACAUAUAUAAAAAUAAAAGGCCAAAAGCCAGUGGCUCAGUAAGUUCAGUAGGAACUGGUUACAGAGAAAAAUCGCCAGUUCCCUCUGCUCUGAGCCCGACUCCUCAAGUACUCGGAGCAAAUAUGCUUCAAGAUGCCUUGGAAGCACCUCGAAGAGGAAAUCGAAACGAGAACGCGCGCAAUAUCGAUGAAAACGACGAAGACGCUGAUACUGGAGACGACCUAGAGGAGGAUGAUCAUGUUGAUCAAGAGAUCGUAGACGACAGUAACAAUAGUGAAUCUCGAGAAGUCAAGAAUGAUAACAAUGACGUCGAGAAUCCGGUUUUUGCAGCGAGGAACUACAAUGCCACUAUUAAAAGUGUAACAUCGGCUAGACAACUGCCUCUUUACGCAAGACAUAAGGUGGCUCCAGCUCCAAAUCCUCCAGGUUUAUCAGCAACGUCCAACAUCCCCAAUAUCGGCGGUUUAGUUCAGAACAUGAACGACUUAAGUUUAAAAACUAAUCUAAAUGCUGACUCUUGCAAAUCUUCCAAUUAUUCCGGAGAUCUCCCAGAUUCUUUGGUACCUGCGUGGCCAGCUUGCUCCGUUUCACAGAGAGUCAAAAAAUUAUCGUGGGACGAUGACGAUAGGACAGUGGAUAGCGUAGAAGUGGCAGCAGAAACAAUGUCCAGAAACAGUCAGGUCGGAAACGAACGACUUAAUCUCACCGUGUACUUUUAAUCGCGCGAAAAAUGAAAGACUGAGAAAUAAAAUGGUUUCAAUUACUCCAUCGUCUGUCAAACGAAAAAAUUACCGAUAGACCACUUCGAUAAAUAAUUUCUUUAUAAAUAGACACUAUUAAAAUGCGCUAUAUAAUUGCCAGAUACUGAAUCAAUUCAAAUAGAAUGUACAUACAAAAUGUA